AUGGUUGAUAGCACCCAAGAAAAUUCACUCAGCUACAAUGAAAACGUGGAACUCAUUGGGGAUAUUAUAGAGAUUAGCCUGCACUCCAUCCUACAGAUACGGCAAGUGUAUCCACAAUUCACAUUCGAGAGGAAGCAGAAGUGGGGAGCAAUUGUGUACAAGAGUAGAGUGGCAGUGGUACAGAGCUAUAUAGCAGAGCUAAUCAGAUGCGUCAAGGUGGAGCUGCACGAGGAUAACGUGGAGAAUGUAAUCAUACUAAUAAAGAACACGCAAGAUGUACCGAUCGAGAGAUUCAUAUUCAAUAUCUCAAAUGUAGUCGCAGGUGAAAUACCGGAAAAUCUCAAAGACGAAGAAUUUGUCGGCGGUUUGAAAAAGUCUGAGAUUGGCAACUACGCAAGAUCAAUACUGGUGAGGUUGUCGAGCUUAGACGCUUUGCUUGAACCAAUAAGUGAGCAAGAAGACUUGACAUUUGCAGUUCUGUUGGAAAUGAAGGAUGACAUAACCCAGGACAACAAGGCGUGGAUGGCUACUGCAAACACCCCCAGUGGCUCAGAGAUUAUACCAAUAAGAGGUCUUGACACAGGGAUUAUAAACGUUAAGCUAUUGUGUCAAGAGCUGCACUAG